AUGAAUCAUGAGGUGAACCAUAGAAUUGACAAGGAGAAAAAGUGGCUGGAUGGCUGGGUAAGCAGGCUGGCGGCCAGUCACGGGAGCCGGGAAGGGAGUGGGGGCCCGGGUGGGGGCGGGCCCACCCCAGGGGGCGGCAUCCCGGGCGGCCCCAGCGGGCCACCCCCACCCCAAACAGCUGCCGGAGCCGCUGGCCCGCCCCGCCGGGCGGGCACGGUAAGCGGACAAGGUGGACCGGGCCGGGGUCCAUCCGUGUCUUCGAGCGGCGGCGGCGCUGAUGUAGGCCAGUAUGGCGGGGCGGGUCCUGGCGGCGGCGGCGGCGGCGGCGGCGGUGGCGGCGGAGGCGGCGGAGGGUCCUUAGAAGACACCCUAGAACAGUGGAGCCGCAACCCGCUGCUGUGCUGGCUUUGUGAGGAGCUGUACGACGAGCCGUGCCUACUAGCCUGCUACCACACCUUCUGUACCCGCUGCCUUACACCCAGACUACACGACUCCAAGAUUGCCUGCCCUCUCUGUGGGAAGGUGACUGGAGUGAAGGAGGGAGGGUUGCCACCCCGGGACAACUUGAUGGUAUUCCUGGUCGAGUCAUCGUGUGAGGAGCGUCCUCAGUGUGCCAACUGUGAUAAAACUAACCAGUCUGCCAUGUUCUUCUGCAACACCUGCGGUCAGGUGUUGUGCGGACACUGUAGAGAGGAGACACACAGAGCAAGAAUGUUCUCUCUACACGACAUUAUCCACAUGUCGAAGAGAGGCCGAGAGGUCAACAGGAAGGUCAUUCCAGAGGUCAUUCCAGAGGUCAUUCCAGAGGUCAUUCCAGGGGUCAUUCCAGAGGUCAUUCCAGAGGUCAUUCCAGAGGUCAUUCCAGGGGUCAUUCCAGAGGUCAUUCCAGAGGUCAUUCCAGGGGUCAAUGCAAGGGUCAUUCCAGGAGUCAUUCCAAGGGUUAUUCCAGGGGUCAUUGCAAUGGUCAUUCCAGAGGUCAUUCCAGAGGUCAUUCCAGAGGUCAUUCCAGAGGUCAUUCCAGGGGUCAUUCCAGAGGUCAUUCCAGAGGUCAUUCCAGAGGUCAUUCCAGGGGUCAUUCCAGAGGUCAUUCCAGAGCUACCAGGGGAGACGCUUCUGCCUAUCGACACAGCUUACACCCAGGCUCGACAGAAACUGGACCGAGCUGCCAUGAGCAUACGUGAGCUGCAGAACUCAGUUAGAGACGGUGUGUUCCUCUUCAAGGCUCUCCUUGACGAACUGAGGAAGAACAUGGAGACGGAGAAACACAACAUCAACACUCUUUCCGAGAACCUGCAAGAGACAGUCAGGAGGACCCAGGACAGCCUCCUGAGGGAGGUAGAUGGACAGUACGACGCUAAGGACAAGCUGUUCAGGAGCCAGCUGUCGUCGCUAGGUGCACUGCUGCCCAUCAUCCAGGUACACCUGCUCAUGUGCACCACCUUCUCAUCGUCAGCCUCCAAAUAUGAGUUCCUGGACCUGGUCUUCCAGCUCAUGGAGCGGCUAGCAGCCAUAGCGCACCUCUCACACCCACUCAGGCCAGCGCAGAGCAGUCAAGUCCGUAGCAGCUUUAAGAGCGAGUUCUCCCGGAGUCUAGAGCCCCUGCUCUCUAGCGUGGGAAAGGGCAGAGGAGGGGAGCCCCUCACCAUGCCCUCAGGUACGUCUGAAAGGGGAAGUUGGAGGGGUGCCUAUGAUCGUGUCCUCGUGCAGAUCUAUGCACACACACACACACAGCAGACGUGUGUUGACGACUCGCACACUACCUCAGGGUCGUCUGGGUGCAGCGAAAAGCAGUCGUCAGAGGGUGGUUGCGCGUCACGACCCCCGUCAGCGGCGUCAGCCAUGGGUCCGGCGUCGUUCGCGAUACCUGGCUCCCGACGCUCACUGUCGGCAGCCAAGCUUAAGAUCCUGGAGAGUGGAGGACCCUUCGCUGAACACUGCAAGACGCACGACAAUAAAUUUAGGCAAGAAUUAACCGGUAAGUUCACCAGGCUAAAAGAGGAGGCCCAGGAGCUGCACCGCGAUGUGACGCUGCGUCGGUGUCUGACGCGGCGCGGAAGGGUCGAGGAGAUCGUCAGGGAGUGCGCCGCGCUCGAGGAGGAGUUCCGCGCCUACACUGACGAGAUGGAGGAACUGAGAGGUGUGUUCGACGCUGCCUGGGACGACCAGAUCCAGCGAGUGUAUGCUGAGCAGGAGGUGUUCCAGUCCCAGGUGAACGACGUUGCGAGUCUCCGAGACGAGAACAAGAGACUGAUGAUCAUAGCCCAGCAGCUAGAGCCUUACAUCCGCUCCAUCACUGCUCUCAUGGAGAGAAUAUCUCCCAAGCUCCAGGUGCCACAGAGCCAGGGAGCGUCAACUGUGUCAGUGGUGGAGUCAAGCGAGAACAUCAUGCAGCAGAUCCUGGAGCAGAUCAGCGCCUGCAAGCCAGACCAGCAGCAGAGAGUCGAGGGUCGGGGGUGCGCUGACGGGGCGAGCCGGGUGUGUGGCCCCGUGGAUGACUCUGGAGGAGGUUCUUCCAGCCCCGCCAUGCUGCUGGCCGGGAUCCCAAAACCACCAGACCCACCCCACACCCGCAGGACCCCGCCAGACCACGAGGAUGACCAGGAGAGCGAUCACGCACAUGGCUUCUCUCCAGGGCCGGGCUCAGGCCGAGCAGAUCCGGGCCCCACUAGGGAAGGAGAUAAAUACCGUGGACCUGUAUCGCCUGCAUCCUCCAUGGCCUCCACCUUAGCGUCGUCAGUAUUGGGUGGGUCCUAUGUGGAGGUGAGACGAGCGGAGCGUGGCAUCAGACGCAAACGACAAAACAGCGAAGGAGAUUCGUUAGUAUGGGAACGACAUCGUGGGUGCGAAAGCGAGAGUGAAAUGGUGUCGUCCACAUCAUCUCUACGACUAAAUCAACGGCGAGGUUCAGAAGGUAGUGAUGUAGAAGAAGUUAAAAAAGGGGUGUUUAUGCAACUUCUUGAAAAAGUACGAUUGCGUGACGAAAAAAAGAAGCAUGACUAUGAAAGUGACGUCGACGAAGGUCGCGCAUCUUCAAGAGAGCGAGGUGCCGUAGGUAGAGUGGUGCACCGACUUUCUCGAACCAAGGUCAUGCCUGAUCAUCACACUGACCGUUACCUUGACCUCGCGGCCGCUGCUUUUGAUGCCUCGGCAAUUCCCGAGAGGCCAAAGUCUGCCUGUGAUAACACACUGUUGCGUGCAGCUGCCAAGCUGUACUCUGGAAUCGGUUCAGUACGAGGUAUUAGUAGCGAACCAGAACACAAUCAUGGCACAAGUGCUGAACGCUUGGAUGAAAGCCAAGUUAGGGCAGUGGCCGCAGCCUGUCGCUCCCGCGAGAGCUCACUAGGACGAGCACGUUCAGCGGAGCGUGAGGCUGGCAUUAGGACUCCGAAAGCUGUGCCAGUGCCUCAGGUGCCUCAGGGAGGUCAAGGUAAACCAGAUUUUAAUUUAGGGGAAGUAAAAGCCAUUGUUCACGCUGAGCAGCUGGGAGGAACCAGCCGCAAAUCUCCUGGCCGUAAAGAUAUUGAGACCAUAUAUGCUGUUGCUACAGUCCCUCGCAAAACCACCUCCAAGAAAGAAAAUAUAUAUGAAAAUGUCCCAAUAUCCACGGAAGUGUCCAGCAGGAUUUACCGGGAUGAAUCCCACUCCAGACCGGUGUUCAAGAAACAAAACUCACUAGAUGCUCUGCCGUCAGAUGCCGGGAGGGGUGGCACAAUGCGGAAAAGUGAGGGCGGCAGUGGCGCAGGCAGACAUGGCACCCUGAGGAAGGCAGACAGCUUCGAGGGUCACGAGGAGGCUGUGAAGACCCUGGUGGCUGCUGUUCAGGAAACAAGAAUAUUAAGGAGAAAGAAGACUAAAUGAUCAUCAUUUAUAGACUUAAUUUUUAAAAGGACAUCUUUUUACAAGUAUUUUCAAGCCUGUCAUUGCCUGCAUCUGAGAAAACUAGUUUUUCUUCUUUCCAAUCCAUUUAAGUGCUGGAUAAAUCAAAACGGUGGCCUGUCGAAGGAAAUGAAACUAAGCCCUGAAAGGAUGGAAAAUGUGUGUGAAAUCUGACAUUACCAAAGACGUGGUGAUUUUUUAAAGUGCUAAGUGUUGUGAUAGAAACUAAGUACUGAUGAGGUGUUUGCUCAGUGUUAGAUAUGAGAAUGUGUUAGCAGUAUUGCCAGUGUAAUGUGUCCCAUUGCAGUGAAAAACUACUGAAUUUUAUAUAAGGACUUACAAUGACUGUAAGUGGCAACAGUUCGCCAUCAGUAUGUACCGAGAGGGAUCUAGUCUCUAACCAACGGUACAUACACUUUGAUGGACCAGUGUCUAGUUGAUGGUAUGUACCAUGGGAUGACCCAGUCCAGCUGACAGGCAUAUGCCGCAGACUGAGCCAAACAUUUAGUUAACUGAUCCAAACUGUAGUACAUAUCAAACCACAGGGUAUGUACCAUACCUCUCUGUAGUAUAUAGCCUGCUAUACCACAGGAUGGACAGGUCUGUUACUGACAGUAGCCUACAUACCACAAGAUGGUGUGGUAUCUAGCUUGCAGUGUGUACCGCAGGAUGGACCAAUGCCUGGCUCUUGGUAUAGUGCGUAUCUUAGGAUAAGCAGCAUCUUGCUGGGGUGGAACAUACUAAAAUAUGGUCCAAUGUCUACUGAACGGGACCCACCACAAGAUAGUGCAGUGAUUUCCUACAUACUUGUACAUGAGUGAAAAAAAUAAAAGGAUAAAGUUUUGCAUAAUAAUUUCAUGUAAUAAAGUACCAAGGAGCAGACAGGAUAUGAAAAUGCUCUAUCAUCCAACAUUGUCAUGAGGUGUUUUGUAUAAACAUUGACAUGUUCAAGAGGGAGUAAGAUAUACUGUAGCUGACAGGUGCUUUACUGGCCAACAAACACAUUACAUUAUGUACACUGUUUAUGAAAGAUAAGAGUGUUCUCCACAAAUAUGUCCCAAGACAGUCUUUUAUACAUACAGAAAAAAAUAUAUCUAAACCAUUACUUCACCCCCUCAAAAAAAUACCAAGAAAACUUUCCAAUUUUAGGAGACAUAAUUACAGGCUUUCUUGUAGGUGCUGAUUCAGUAGUUCAUGAAGUUCAAAAUGGAGUUCAUCAUAAUUAUAUAUAUUGGCUAACCUCCUUUCUAGAAGACAACACUCAGAAUUUCGUAAGUGUAGAGCAGAUAUAGAGUCACAUGGAUGUAAAGUUUCAUACACAAGGGAAAGAGGAUGGGGUGUUAAUUUGCAACUAUGUAUCAAAAGCUAUAUUAUUUUAGGCACUACAGGGCUAUAGAUCAAAUGAAAUCAUUCAGGCAAAAAAAAAAAAAAAAAAAAAAAAGCAGCAAAAUCAUAAAUGAGAAAGAGCUAGUACUAGAGGUCUUGCAUACAGUAUAUAGUUUUUAUCCAGAUUUUUAAUGUGGAUUGACAGUAGGUCUUUAUUUUCCUGCACGCUUGUACUACUAUAUUGGUCUCGGGUCUUGUUCAUCUCUACUGCCUCUCCUCACCUUCAAGUUGUUUUCACUGCUUCAUGGAUAUAUUUAUUUUAUUUCUCUUAUUUUCUCCCCUUUCUCAUGUGCUUUUUUCAGUAUCUUAUUCUCUCUGCAAGUUACUCACACAUACAUACAUACAUACAUACAAUCAUGACAACUCAUUGCUGAGUACACACAAGGUAUUGUAUACAUGUGCUGUACGGUACACACACAAAGUUAUGAACGUUUGUUUUAGGGUAUACACACAUACACAUUCAUUCAUUUACAAAGAAACGUGUGCUUUUGGUUACACACACAUAUACACACUUAUCCAUUUAAACAGAUGAAUACACAGGUAGUACAUAAUAUAGCCAUGAACAUUCCCUGUUGGGUACACAGUCAGGAACUCUUCCUUUUGGGUAGAAAAGGCAAGAAUACUCCUGGGCACACACUGUUGGGUGAACACAGUUACACAGUCAUGAACACUCACUGUAGUGUAAACACAGUUAAAGUUACGAAUACUCACUGUGGCAUACACUUACUCUUUCAUUAAUUUAUAAGGUAUUGUGUUGGCUUCCAAUAUCUAAUUUUAAUAGUUUUAUAAUAAAUAUAGUGCUAGAGAACUGUCGUUGAUACAAUGUGUUGACUGCAAAUCACUGUCGAACAAAAUUCUUUUCAGAUCAAUACACUUGGUCCACUGAAGGUAAAUUUCCAUAUUAAGUGUAUACACACAAUAUA